GUUUAUUUGGUAUUGGAUCAUUGGUUUUAAGAGGAUCUGGAUGUGUUAUAAAUGAUUUAUGGGAUGUGAAUAUUGAUAGAAAAGUUGAAAGAACAAGAAAUAGACCACUUGCUUCGGGUCUUGUUACACCUUUUCAAGCUUUGGUUUUUCUUAUAUUACAAUUAUCUGUUGGUUGGUCUGCUAUGGUUGAAGAAGGAAUCGAUUUAUCUGUUACACUUCCACUUUAUGGAGCUGGUGUAUUUUGGACUUUAACGUAUGAUACAAUUUAUGCACAUCAGGACAAAAAAUUUGAUAAAUUAAUUGGCGUAAAGUCAACUGCGUUAUUAUUUAAUAAUAAUUCAAGGAUAUGGCUAUCAUUAUUUUCAGGAUCAAUGAUUUCUUGCUUAAUUCUAAGUGGUUACAUGAAUGAUCAAGGCUUACCCUAUUAUUUAUUAUCAUGUAUGGGUGCUAGUAUACAUUCAAUUUGGCAAUUGAAAACUGUAGAUUUUGAUAAUGUUGUUGAUUGUGGAAAGAAAUUUAAAAGUAAUAAAUGGUUAGGAAUAAUAGUGUUGAGUGAACCUGAUUUUUUUUAA